AUGUCUUCGAAUAUCUACGCAGCAUUGUUAACAGUAAAGAACAUAAGAAGACAUUCACAACGUAAAGUCGAUCAUAGGUUAUGGGUGUGAACAUGGGCGAGCACAAGGGCGUACGCAGGGGAGGGCAAGGGGGGUCAGCUGCACCCCUUUUCCCUAACUAAAAAAAUUGAUGAAUGAACAUUUUGUAUAAAAAUUAAAUUAUUCAUGUAGAGGAUUAUCCACAAGCUGAAUCAAUAUCUAUCAAUAAGAAAUUACUAGGAUUAGUUAAAAUCUAUGUUGCAUAUAAGCUUAAUUUUGCUAAAUGCACUGUACAGGAAAUCCAAAUUUGUCUGACGGCUUGAGUUCAAUUUGUACGAGAGACAAGCGCGAGAAGUGUGUAUCAACACAUGUCAGAACAAAUAGAAGCCGGCUGAAGAGCGAAGGUCAUCACCACAUUGCCUAGCAAUGGUGAUAAUAAUAGGGGAGAAGGUGUAAAUAUGGAAUAUGGUCUAAAUAUGGAAUACCAAGUAAGUCAUUAUUUAAGCGUAGUUUUUUUAUUAUAUGAUUUUAUUUAAAUAUUCUGUACGUUGACAGUCUACAUGAACUAAAGUUUAAGAUGCCGUUGUAUUUGUUGAAGUUUUUGUUUUGAUAGAUUAGAUAUAACCUCAAAUAUUGAAAACGUAUAGUGUUGGUAAUAUGGAAUACUG